AAGUUUUUUUUUCUUGGUCGGUGGAAACUUGGAUAAGCCUCUAGAAGGCUCCCAAAAGCCCCAUUUUGUUUUCCUAUGCCUCCCUCUUCCACCUACAUCCUUUUCUUCCUUCUUUCUCCAACAAAGGUUAAGGUGCCUUUUGUUAGAUCAGUAGAUCGAGGUAGCAGCCUCUUGGUUAGGGAGCUUUUGGCACGAGACUCGCAUGCUCGUUGUACGUACAAGCUAGGGCCUCGUGUUUUCGAUAGGGAGGCAGAUCGAUGUGUUACCAAAACAAUGAUUCAGCUUUUGUUUUUUUGAAAAGUUUUGGAGAAGAAUUUGCCUCAUAUAAUUUUUGUGUAAAUUAGCUUUAUGUAUAAAAAAUAUUUAAAUUA